AUGUCUGAGUCUCAGUUCCCCAGGUCUCUUUUUCCUCAAUUUACGGAAGACGAACUGAAAGAAAUAGGACAACCUUUUGAGGAGCACGAAGAAAUCGAACUGUUUAUCAACCGCGAACAUGUUUCUUCUCAGAGACAAGUAUCAACUGAUGUCGAACACAGGAAAAUGGAGGCAACACUCACCGUAAUGAAGGGAAGGACAAUUCAAAGAUCAGGAAAAAAAGCUAUUUUACACCUCCCUCCGCAAGAUCCAAAGCCGAAGCUGUCACUUGGAAUGACCGUGAACAUUGUCGUAAAGUUCCUGGAUCCAAUGAAGUUUCCAGUACAAUCAAGAUAUACAACACAAAUGCUAAAAGACUUAUAUUAA